UGAGCCUGCGGGAGCCGGCUGCGGCCCCCCGCGCCCUCCCUCUGCCUCCUCCCCUGCCAGUCGGGGCUGGGUGGAGGAGCGCCGGCAGCGCCGCGUCCUUAUCAAUGGGCUGGGCGGCUUAGCGCGCGGCCACCUCUUCCGAGGAGGAGCAGUCCUGCCGCUCGCCGUGGGUUGGGUGGCCCGGCCAUGGCUCCUCGGGACGCGGCGGCCGACCGGGGCGCGGGCCCCCGCGGACGGCGCUGAGCUCCCGGGCCGGGGGUGCGCACAGGUGGGCGGCCGUCGAGGCGCCCCCGGGGGAGCGCGCCGGGCACCAUGCGUCCCCGCUUGCUGCUGUGGCCCCCGCCGCCGCUGCUGCUGCUGCUGCUGCUCGCCUGCGCGGCGCACACGGUGGGCGCCCUCCCCGGACUGUGCGAUGUGCUGCGGGUGCUGCGGGAGGAACGGGACCAGUGCCUACAAGAACUGUCCAAAGAGAAGCCAGAAGACCUGGGCACCGAGAAGCCAGCCCCAGGUUGCGAGGGGCUCUGGGACAACAUGAGCUGCUGGCCCUCCUCCGCGCUGGGACUGACUGUGGAAGUGGGGUGCCCCCAGUUCCUGCAGAUACUCACCGGUAGAAACGGUUCCAUGUUUCGAAACUGCACACAGGACGGCUGGUCGGAAACCUUCCCCCGGGCUGACCUGGCCUGUGGGGUUAACGUGAACGACUCAUCCAAUGAGAAGCGGGGUUCAGGGGGCCUGCCUCACUGCCCUGGUGUGUCAGCCCGGAGGGGGUGCUCUGAGGACCCGGGCACAGUGAGAGCUGCCCUCUGUCGCCACGAGACUGGGGGUGACUUAGUCAUGAAAGCGAAAGAGAAGCACCGUGGUGGCUACAUGCCUGGAGCCAGGCUGCACGAGUACCUGAUGAAGCUGAAGGUCAUGUACACCGUGGGCUACAGCUCCUCCCUGGUGAUGCUCCUGGUGGCCCUCGGCAUCCUCUGUGCUUUCCGGAGGAGAUUCAGUCUCUGGAAGGUGAAAAGGCUUGCCCGAGGUCCCGGUCGUCCAGCCCCCCACGGCCCCGCAUUCUCUCCCUCCAGGAGGCUCCACUGCACUCGCAACUACAUCCACAUGCACCUUUUCGUGUCCUUCAUCCUGCGUGCCCUGUCCAACUUCAUCAAGGACGCUGUGCUCUUCUCCUCGGACGACGUCGCUCACUGUGAUGCCCACAGGGUGGGCUGUAAGCUGGUCAUGGCUUUCUUCCAGUACUGCAUCAUGGCCAACUACGCCUGGCUGCUGGUGGAAGGCCUCUACCUUCACACGCUCCUCGUCAUCUCCUUCUUCUCCGAAAGGAAGUGCCUCCAGGGAUUUGUUGCCCUCGGAUGGGGUUCCCCGGCCAUUUUUGUUGCUUCAUGGGCUAUCAGCAGGCACUUUCUGGAAGAUGUGGGGUGCUGGGACAUCAACGCCAACGCAUCCAUCUGGUGGGUCAUUCGGGGGCCCGUGAUCCUCUCCAUCCUGAUUAACUUCAUCCUUUUUAUAAACAUUCUAAGAAUCCUGAUGAGAAAACUUAGAACCCAAGAAACAAGAGGGAAUGAAGUAAACCAUUAUAAGCGCCUGGCCAAGUCCACUCUCCUGCUGAUCCCGCUCUUUGGAGUCCACUACAUCGUCUUUGCCUUCUCCCCAGAGGACGCCAUCGAGGUCCAGUGGUUCUUUGAAUUGGCCCUUGGCUCUUUCCAGGGCCUGGUGGUGGCGGUCCUCUACUGCUUCCUCAACGGGGAGGUGCAGCUGGAGGUUCAGAAGAAGUGGCGGCAGUGGCACCUCCGUGAGUCCCUACUGCGCCCCGUGGCCCUCAGCUCCUCCUCCUUCAGCAACGGCACCAGUGGCCUCGCCCACAGCACCAAGGCCAGCACGCUGGAGCCCAGCCGGGCCACCUACAGGGCCAGUGUCAUCUGAGAGUCUGAAGCGGGGCCAUCCAUGGGACAGGUCAUGAGAAGGCCAGACACUGCUGCGGGACAGUCCCAGAUCCGUCUCUCAGCAGACAUCAUCUGCUUUCUCCUGUGAUCAACCACCCUCCCUCCUGAGCCUUGGGUUGGGAGGGGGCUCUGGUGAUGUUUCUCAGAACUGAAAAUGAGGGUAGAAUGGGGCAGGAAGAGGGCCUGGGUCAGGGGCUCCUGAAGAGGACAGGGAAAUAAAUGUUAGCUGGAAUGGGUUUGCCCACUCUUUUGACCCCUUGAGACACAAGGUGAAGGACAACGCUCCUGCUCACCUCCCUACUCCUUCCUGGAGUUUUCGGGGCUACAUCUGAAGCCCAGGAAAUAGGAGGAAUGGGAGACCCUUGGCCCUAGGUGGACCCUCAUUACAGCUCACCUGUCUAGUAGCUCUGACCCGACAGCCUCAAGACAACAGAAUUCAUCUGACCAAGUCAGCGAGGCCAAGAGAGCCCCAAGACCCCCAGCUUCCUUAGUAACCCUAGCGUGGUACAAGGCACCCCUCUGUUCCUCCUGCUUUCAGUUAUCUGCAGCCCCGGGGGCAGAAUAGCUGGCCAUGGGGCAUGAUUUCAUCCGACAGAAACAAGAAACAGGUUCACCAAGGUCCCAUGACUUGCCUGAGAUUCUCAGCAAGAAGGGGCAGUCAGUCCAGGGCUUUUGGUUUCAAAUCCCCAUGCUUCAAGGCUGCACCUGUUUCUUCACUCCUGGGCAGGGGACAAGGGCCUGCCUCCCUGUCUUAUGGGACUCUGUCUCCCCUUUAGUCUCUGGAUCUCAGUUCCCUUGACUGUGAGCAUUCCCUCACCACCAGCCAUGUGAGGAUUAAAGCGAACUGAACAUUCGAACCCUUUUCUAAAACAAAGCCUACCAGUGUUCAAGGAGGAAAGCAUUCCAACAGAGAAAAGGCAUUUUGCUGGUGGGUGACCCUGGACAAGUGCUGUCCCCCUCUGGGCCCUGGUUUCCCACCUCUACUCCUCCCCACUGCAGGAACAAUGAGGUCACCCCUUCGCCCCAGGUGAAUGGCUCCUGGAAUGAAAGGUCAGGUGCUUAUUUCCCAGGGCUGAGAACCCAGCGCGUCUGGUUGAUGAGCUCUGCUCUCUGAAAAACAGGUUGGCCCAAGACACCUUUCUUCAGUGAUCUCCACGGACUCCAUCUACAUUCUGGAGUCCAAGUUUUGUAAAACCCACAAGAGAUAGAUAGAAGCACCCUGCCCAGUCCAGGAAGGGGGAAUCUGCAGUGAUCAGGGUGGGGCAGAGACCAAAAACCCAUGCCGGGAGCAGCAGCCAGAGUGGACCCAGUGCGGAGAGAAGGCACUCGUGUGGAAUGAAAUGGCUGAGGGCAAAAACCCCAGCUCCGGGGCAGAAAAGACACUGGAAAGGGGGCAGCUAGUUACCCAGAAUGGCACAUCUGCUGGCUAGGAUUUGGAAAUCUCCACUGGUGCCUGGUUCCCUUCACUUACACUCAUCCCCAGGAUGCUGUUUAAUCAUUACUCCAGGCCCAGCAAGUCCCCUUUACCCCCUGGAGUUCAGCAGGGCCAGAUACAUGCUCUUUGGAAAUGUGCUCUAGGAUCAAAAAUGGUACCCGAGGCUGUCUUGACCCUUAUCAAAGCUGGACACGCACACAUGCUUGCCUCGGGAGGACUGUGUAUUGGAAGGCUGGCAGGCAUCGUGGAAAGCUUGCUGGAAGGGUUGGGGCAGGAUUCCCACAGACAGUACAGCCGGCUGCUGGAAGCUGCAGUUAUUCAAGGAUUAUGCCCCCCCCCUCCAAGAGUAGGGUUCACAUCGAGUCAAAUGGUUUGAAAACGUAGUAUGUGCAAGAAACUGAGGGAAUCCUGAAUUCUGCCUCCUUAGCAUGACCGAAGCUAGAGCAGGGAAAUGUGCCCAAAGGCCCUUUGAGCUGGUGAAAGAAAAGUCCAAGGCACUGGCUGGCUAGGCUUCGCUGGAGGAAUGAUCCACUCUGGCAACCCCAGGAGAUCCCAGGGACCUUACAGUCCCUAUCCUGGCGCACAGCCAAUAAAGCAAGUGCGAGCUGAGCUUCGCUGUGCAGCCAGCCCAGGCACCCGUUACCCACGCUGCCGCCAAACCUAUUCCCAUCCUGGGAAGAAGGAUUCAAGAAAAGAGUUUUACAACAUGUUACUACUCCUAAAAUCAAUA